CCCCGCCCGCAGUCCUUACCCCUUCCUUCUCUGUGCUUGCAUAUAACCCCAGCUCGCGAUCAUGUCCGCCGAGAUCGCAGUUGACCCAGACUACUACACGCUUGACAAAAAGGUGUCUGCAGAUGAUGAUUGGAAGUCCGAUACAACCUCCCUGGCUUCAGAGGUAGCAAGGGGGCGGUUAGAAAAUGGGCGUAGGUACCAAUCGCUGAAGUCGGAGGAGUACUGGUCUCCAUCCGAUGACCAGCAAUUCGAGGCCUAUGAGACUGGCCAUCUGGUGGCACUUCUGCUGGAAUAUCAUCAACCUAAGUUGCUGCACCGAGCUCCUCUCAAAAACCCGAAGAAUAUCCUGGAUGUUGGAACUGGUAAAGGUAGCUGGGCUAUCGAUAUGGCGGAUGCCUAUCCCGAAGCGACCGUCCGUGGAGUUGACCUAUACCCUCCUCCGGUUAACUGGAUGCCCCCGAAUUGCAUUUUUGAGUUAGACGACCUCCUGCAAGAGUGGACAUGGUCUGAGCCGUUCGAUUUUAUCUAUCUACGCCACAUGCUGGGGUCAUUCGAUGAGGUGGGAUGGAAUACGCUAUAUAAGCGCUGCUACGACAACCUCGAGCCCGGUGGUUGGAUUGAGGAAUUCGAGCUUGAUGUUCGAGUCAAGACGGAUGACAAUUCUCUACCAGAGGACUCUGAGCUGGCGAAGUGGGGUGAAAACUUCAUUGGAUGCUCUCAAAGGGCUGGGCGCCCCCUGAAUGUCCAAGAAAGCAUGCGAUCGAAGAUCGAGAAGGCCGGUUUCAUCGACGUACAUGAGCAGGUUUACAAAGUUCCCAUCGGGCCUUGGCCUAGAGAUAGGAUAUACAAGGAAGUUGGACAGCUCAACUAUCACCACUGGGUGACUGGCAUGGAAGGCUAUGCUAUGUGGCUGCUCACUAAAUUUGGCGCUCCCACGCCCUGGACCGCCGACGAGGUGCAGAUUUACCUCGCGAAGGUUCGGGUGGAAUUGAAAGAUCCACGCAUUCAUGGCUGGCAUUAUGGACGAAAGAUCUGGGCCAGGAAACCUAGCGAGGUUGAGAUCAAGAGAGAGCCCACAGAGGCUCCCAUUACGCCUAAGUCAUCCCCUUGAGGGCUUCAAUGCCUCAUGGAAGUCGCUGGUAAACACUUUCAUACAUAAAUCGCCAAGGUUGGACACGUACUCAUCCUCACCUUCACCUUAUGCUAUUGUAUUUUCGAACUUUCAUCCAGUACAUUUAGUUCCUUCUUGCAGAUAUUUUCUUCUCGCCUUGGCACAAUAUCAUACAUUUGAUACAAUCGCUAAGGGCUUUCGUUCUUUCUCAAAGACUGAGACAUUACCGGGGAGAGCUUGUCCGACCUAGGCCUGUAUUUUCGCUGUGAAAUGCUAUAAUAAUUCUCCCCC